AUGACUGUGAGUCAGGCCUGGCUAAAUGCUGUGCGCGUGAUGAACGCGACGCUUAUUCGCCAAUUGGCACGCAUAUAUGCUGGAAAGCCUCUGGAUGGUUCAGAAUACGCUAUCCAUCAAGCUGCGCGGCAAAAUCGUGCAGAUAUUGUCGAGGCUCUACUCCCGUUCGAGGGCGGUAAGCAGCAGAGCCAGGAGCAUACUGCACUUAUGAUAGCCGCCCAACUAGGCUACUUAGACGUUGUCUCCGUUGUUCUUGACGCAGAAAAGGAUGUAUACACUAGCACAGGCGUGGACGCGCUUAUGUUGGCCAGUUCGGCCGGAAAGUUGGAGGUAUGCAAGGUGCUGCUGCCUGCUAUUGGUGCACGCGACGACUACAUGAUGUUUACGGCCCUGCACUAUGCAGCGGCAAGUGGGCACAAAGACGUUUGCGAGUACCUUUUGAACGAGAGCGUCUAUGAACUUAGCGUUGUGCAGGCUUCUGCAGACAUUGCGCAGCGCAAUGGGCAUGACGACAUUUCCAAUUACCUUCAGAUUGUCGCCGACGCUGCCAUACGCAAAGAGCAAGCGCAAAUGCAAGAAGAGCAAGAACAGGCAGUUCACAGAGAAUGUACAGAGUUCAUUGGCGAUGACAGCGCACAGGCGAAGAAACAACACAGGGCCUCACAGAAGUCUGCACGCAAGCUCUUCAACGGGUCUCUAUCCAUCACUAUCCCAGAGACUCCCAAGGGAAGAAUACGAUACCCCACACCCAAAGCUGAGUUGUGCCCGGAAAUGGGUGCUUCACAGGAAAAGCAACCAUCUAAGGCCGCGUCUCGGUUUAGUUCUUAUGCAGCGGAUGAUGAAGAGUCCUCCACUCCAAAGGCAGAGGUAACCGAACUGAUGGAGCUUCGCAAACGAGUAUCGGUACUAGAAAAGGAAAACCUUUUGCUGCGGGAGAAAUUGGCAGCUACUAGUAGAGCCUCGGUUGUAUCUCUAAGUGCUUCCUCAAACGCUUCCAGCGAACUGCAGGUUGAGAUGGAGAACUCACGAUUAUUGGGUGAAGACCUUCUUAGAAUGUACAAAGAAAACGCCGUACUACAAGUUAAGCUGUCAAUCCUUGAGGGAAGCAAGUGA